GGCGUUGUUGCCACAGCGUCUGCCAUUUUGGUUAGAACUACUUUGUCUGGUACUUGGCAUAAAUAGGCUUUUCGGGAUAGAGAGAUAUACUGUUAUACUCCGAAAGAAGGCAACGCUGUUCCAACAAAAUGCUGUCUGCAGCCCAGUUACUCGAUGAGUUAAUGGGCCGAGACAGAAACUUGGCCCCUGAUGAGAAAAGGUCCAACGUACGAUGGGACAACGAGAGCGUCUGUCGAUACUAUUUGUGUGGCUUCUGUCCAGCUGAGCUAUUCACAAACACACGCUCUGACUUGGGUCCUUGUGAGAAAAUCCAUGAUGAAAAUCUAAGGAAAUUGUAUGAGAAAAGCUCUCGGUUUAUGAAAGAAGGCUACGAGCGAGACUUCCUGCGGUAUCUACAGUCUCUCCUGGCAGAAGUGGAGCGGCGGAUUCGUAGAGGGCAUGCUCGGCUUGCACUUUCCCAAGCUCAACAAAAUGCCGGGGGCCCUGGUCCAUCUGGAAAGAAUGAAGAGAAAGUAAAAGUUCUAACCGAGAAGAUAGAAGACCUGGUAGUACAGAUUGAGGAACUGGGGUCAGAGGGACGUGUCGAGGAAGCUCAGGGAAUGAUGAAGCUUGUGGAGCAGCUGAAGGAGGAGAGGGAGAUGCUCAGCUCCACCCCCUCGACUAUUGAGAGCUUUGCAGCUCAGGAGAAACAGAUGGAGGUGUGUGAGGUGUGUGGGGCCUUCCUCAUUGUGGGUGAUGCACAAUCCCGAGUGGAUGACCACUUAAUGGGCAAACAGCAUAUGGGCUACGCCAAGAUCAAAUCUACUGUAGAGGAGCUCAAGGAAAAACUCCGUCGUCGCUCUGAGGAACCUUCAGAUGAAAGCCCUGCUCUCAAACGGGACAGAGAAGAGCGAGAGCGCGAGAGGGAGGAGAGGGAGAAGAAGCGCAAAGAGGAGGAGGAAAAGGAGAAGGAACGGGAAAAGGAGAAAGAACGCGAGAGAGAGCGGGAGCGUGAGAGGGAGCGAGACCGAGAGCGCAAUAGGGAGCGGGACCGGGACCGUGAGAGAAGAGCAAAGCGGAGCCACUCCAACAGUCGCCACUCCAGCCGAGCUUCAGACAAGAAACGGAGCAGAUCCCGUGACCAUCGGAGGUCUAGGAGCCGAGACCGGGAUAGGGAACGUAAACGCAGCAGGAGCCACGACAGAGAGAGGAGGCGCAGUCGUGAGCGCACUGACAGAAAACGUCGCUCCCGCAGCCGCGACAGGAGGAGGUCGCGCAGCUCAGAGCGCAAGUCUCACCGCCACCGAAGCCGCAGCAAGGACAGAGAAAAAGACAGGGACCGGGAUAGAGAAAGAAACAGAGACAAAGGAAGGGAGAAAGACAAAGAGCGGUCAUCAAAAGACAAAGACCAUACAGCGACAGAGGAGAAGAGCAGCUCUAAGAAAGAAAGUGAUGCAGCCACCAUUAAAGCUUCGUCGGAGCCGGAACCCAUGCAGACCGAGGUUGCCUCCUCCUCCCCUCUGCUUAACGGCCAGCAAGAGCUCCUCCAAUCUGAAGGUGACACUCAGUCCAAUUAAAACUGAUCUGAUAGGACCUCAGAUCAGGCUCAGGGGAAGCUGGAAUACCUUGUGGAGGAAGAAGCUGAAGAGCACGCCCACCUUUACCCUGAACCUGACUCCGCUGCCUAUAAACAAGGUGAACCACAAAUGUGUAGGGGUUAUUUAAUAAAUAACCAAAAAAUGUCUAUAUCUAAAUAAGAGAGGGUUAUUAAUACAUUGUUUUUGUUCUGUUAUUGGCUGGAUAAAUGCAGUUGUGGUUCAUCUGAUAUACAUCUGAUUUACUGGGAUAGAAGGCACCCAGAUAUCACCAUGAAUACUUAGGAAACGUUCUUAAUGGGCUUUUGUUUUGUUUUGUUAUAAAUUUUUACACAUCCUAUGUUUCCUGGCAUUUAGUGAAAAUAAAAACAGUGCUUGUGGUUUGUAUUUGUCAGGGUCUACAUCUUUUCCUGACCUUCUUUUUUAAAACCAAUUAAAAGCGUAUGUACAAUGUAUGAUCCUUGGCAGGGAGUGUUUCUUUUCUCCUCCAAUUAAAGCUCUUGUCCCAUAAAUGUAAAAUAUUCUGAUUUAAUUAUGAUCUGAAGCUUUUCAUUAUUUGAGAUUUGUUUAAUCUUCGCCUUGCUUUCGAUGUAAAUGUCAUAUUGAAUUAAAAAGUGAAAUCUUG